CGAUCCAGGUCUGCCUCCCUCCUCCCUCCUGCGGGACAGCGUGACGGGUUGGGGCUGUGCUGUCUCCGCUAUCCCUGGCUGGUGAAGCCGUGGGCCUCCGAGAGCUGGGCCAGGAGUUCGGACCCACGGUGUCCCGGCUAACAGCUAGCCGGGGGGCCCCAGGUGACCGCACGGCGGAGGCGGUGCCCAGGGCCGUGCCCCGCCCCUCGCAGGCCAGCGUCCGGAACCCUGGGCCCGUGCCCGUGUUCAGAAUGGCCGCCUGCCGUGUUUGACCCGCGGCCUCUCCGCUUCGAUUCCUCGCUGGAAAUGCCGAGGCUGCGACCGUGACUGACAGUCUCGCUCACACGCACUCACGGACCCAGACACAGCCGGAGCCCCAGUCCUGGGCCCGGAGCCGCUCUCGUCCCCGGCGUCGCUGCCCUAGACCGGACCACGGCUUCCGCGCCGCCACCGCCGCCUCCUCGCCGAGAAGGGCCGCGCCGUACUUCGAGCGCGGCGGCCCCCGGCCGGCAGGGAUGGGAAAACGGGCCGGAGAAGCAGCAGGAGCGGCCGCGGUUUCCACCUUCGCCAGACCGGGUCUGGAGCCCGCGGCUGGCCGCGGCAGGGGCCUGCGGAGCGCGGCUGCCGCCCUCCUGGGAGCGCUUCACCUGGUAAUGACCCUCGUCGUGGCCGCGGCGCGGGCCGAGAAGGAAGCAUUUAUUCAGUCGGAGAGCAUAAUAGAAGUACUGCGAUUUGACGAUGGAGGGCUACUACAGGCAGAGACAACACUUGGACUCAGUUCAUAUCAACAAAAAAGUAUAUCUCUGUACCGGGGUAAUUGUAGGCCUAUACGAUUUGAACCACCAAUGCUGGAUUUCCAUGAACAGCCAGUUGGAAUGCCAAAAAUGGAAAAAGUUUACUUACAUAAUCCUAGUUCUGAAGAAACUAUUACUUUAGUGUCAAUUUCUGCUACAACAUCACAUUUUCAUGCAUCAUUUUUUCAAAAUAGGAAAAUUCUUCCAGGAGGAAAUACCUCAUUUGAUGUAGUUUUCCUUGCAAGAGUAGUAGGAAAUGUAGAAAAUACUUUAUUUAUUAACACAUCUAAUCAUGGCGUAUUUACCUACCAGGUAUUUGGUGUUGGAGUUCCGAACCCUUAUCGUUUGAGGCCAUUUAUUGGGGCCAGAGUCCCUGUGAAUAGCAGUUUCUCACCUAUAAUAAACAUACACAACCCUCACAGUGAGCCUUUGCAGGUUGUGGAAAUGUACUCUAGUGGAGGAGAUCUUCACCUAGAACUUCCAACGGGUCAACAGGGAGGUACCAAAAAAUUGUGGGAAAUUCCUCCUUAUGAAACCAAGGGAGUGAUGAGAGCCAGUUUUUCCUCCAGAGAAGCAGAUAACCACACAGCCUUCAUAAGAAUAAAGACUAAUGCUUCAGACAGCACAGAGUUUAUCAUUCUUCCUGUCGAGGUCGAAGUUACAACAGCCCCUGGAAUUUAUUCCUCAACAGAAAUGUUAGAUUUUGGUACACUGCGAACACAAGAUCUACCAAAAGUUUUAAAUCUUCAUUUACUAAAUUCAGGAACAAAAGAUGUACCAAUAACAAGUGUCCGACCCACACCCCAAAAUGAUGCUAUAAUGGUACACUUUAAAGCAAUUACCUUAAAAGCUUCAGAAAGUAAAUAUACCAAAGUUGCAAGUAUUAGUUUUGAUGCAUCAAAGGCAAAAAAACCAUCUCAGUUUUCUGGGAAAAUCACCGUUAAAGCAAAGGAAAAGAGUUAUUCUAAACUAGAGAUACCAUAUCAAGCAGAAGUAUUAGAUGGUUAUUUGGGAUUUGAUCAUGCUGCAACAUUGUUUCACAUCCGAGACAGUCCUUCUGAUCCUGUGGAAAGGCCAAUUUACCUUACUAACACUUUCAGGUUCGCGAUCCUCAUUCAUGAUGUGUUGCUACCAGAAGAAGCCAAAACAAUGUUUAAAGUUCACAACUUCAGCAAACCAGUUUUAAUUCUUCCAAAUGAAUCAGGAUACAUUUUUACUUUGUUUUUUAUGCCAUCCACAUCAUCCGUGCACAUAGAUAACAACAUUUUACUUAUUACUAAUGCCUCUAAAUUUCAUUUGCCUGUGCGGGUAUAUACAGGCUUUUUAGAUUAUUUUGUAUUACCCCCCAGAAUAGAGGAACGUUUCAUAGAUUUUGGCAUACUGAGUGCGACAGAAGCAAGUAAUAUUUUAUUUGCAAUUAUAAACAGCAAUCCAAUCGAGUUGGCUAUAAAAAGUUGGUACAUCAUAGGAGAUGGUUUAUCAAUAGAACUUGUUGCUACUGAAAGAGGCAAUAAAACAACAAUAAUUUCAAGCCUUCCAGACUUAGAAAAAGCCUCUUUAUCAGACCAGUCACCAGUGAUACUGGCUUCAGGCUGUUUUGCAGUGUUCAGAGUCAGGCUUACUGCAAAAAAACUGGAAGGGAUUCAUGAUGGAGCCAUACAGAUCACAACAGAUUAUGAGAUUCUGACGAUUCCUGUGAAGGCUGUGAUUGCAGUGGGUUCGCUGACUUGCUUUCCAAAGCAUAUGGUCCUUCCACCAUCCUUCCCAGGGAAAAUAGUUCAUCAAAGUUUAAGUAUUAUGAACUCCUUCUCACAGAAAGUAAAAAUACAGCAAAUACGAUCUUUGUCAGAAGAUGGGCGAUUUUACUACAAACGAUUACGGGGCAAUAAGGAAGACUUGGAGCCAGGAAAAAAAUCAAAGAUUGCAAACAUUUAUUUUGAUCCUGGAUUGCAGUGUGGGGAUCAUUGCUAUGUUGGCUUGCCUUUUCUGUCCAAAUCUGAAUCCAAAGUGCAGCCUGGGGCAGCCAUGCAGUAUGAUGCGUGGGAUGCCGACUGGGAUUUGCAUCAAAGCCUUUUCAAAGGAUGGAUGGGAAUAAAGGAAAACUCAGGUCAUAGAUUGAGUGCUUUAUUUGAAAUAAAUACGGACCUUCAAAAAAAUAUACUAUCAAAAAUCACUGCUGAGCUCUCCUGGCCUUCCAUACUUAGUUCACCCCGGCACUUGAAAUUUCCUCUAACUAAUACCAACUGCUCUUCAGAAGAAGAAAUUACUUUAGAAAAUCCUGCAGAUGUUCCUGUUUAUAUUCAGUUUAUACCCUUGGCUUUAUAUUCCAAUCCUUCAGUCUUUGUAGAUAAGUUAAUAUCAAGGUUUAACUUGAGUAAGGUGGCAAAGAUAGAUUUAAGAACACUAGAAUUCCAAGUCUUCAGAAACAGUGCUCACCCACUGCAGAGUUCAACAGGACUCACAGAGGGCCCCUCUCGACAUUUUAUCUUCAACCUCAUUUUAAAACCUGGAGAAAAGAGGUCUGUCAGAGUAAAGUUUACUCCAGUUCACAACAGAACUGUUUCUUCACUAAUCAUAAUCAGAAAUAACCUGACCGUGAUGGAUGCUCUGAUGGUCCAAGGACAAGGAACAACUGAGAGCUUGAGGGUGGCAGGCAAGCUUCCAGGCCCAGGGAGUUCCUUACGCUUUAAAAUCACAGAACCAUUAUUAAAAGAUUGUACAGAUAGUUUGAAACUGAGAGAACCAAAUUUCACAUUGAAAAGAACAUUUAAAGUAGAAAAUACAGGACAACUUGAAAUCCACAUAGAAACUAUUGAAGUCAGUGGGUACUCAUGUGAGGGAUAUGGCUUCAAAGUUGUUAAUUGUCAAGGGUUUGCACUGAGCGCCAAUGCCUCUAAAGACAUAAUUAUAUUGUUUACUCCUGAUUUCACAGCUUCUAGGGUUAUUCGUGAAUUGAAGUUUGUAACAACCAGUGGCUCUGAAUUUGUGUUUGUAUUGAAUGCAUCCCUUCCAUACCAUAUGUUAGCAACCUGUGCAGAAGCCCUACCCAGACCCAACUGGGAGCUGGCUCUUUAUAUUAUCAUCUCAGGAAUAAUGAGUGCCCUCUUUCUUUUGGUCAUCGGAACAGCCUAUUUAGAAGCUCAAGGAAUUUGGGAGCCAUUUCGAAGGCGACUAUCCUUUGAGGCCUCAAACCCGCCCUUUGAUGUGGGAAGACCAUUUGAUCUCAGGAGAAUCAUUGGUAUUUCAUCUGAAGGAAACUUGAACACACUGAGCUGUGACUCCAGUCACAGUCGGGGGUUCUGUGGCACAGGUGGCUCAUCAUCCCGACCUGGUGCAGGGAGUCAUAAGCAGUGUGGCCCAUCCAUCCAUUCACACAACAGUCACAGCAGUAGAAACUCAGCUGACGCAGACAAUGUCAGAGCCAAAAACAGCUCCAGUACCUCUAGCAGGACUUCUGCACAGUCUGCUAGCAAAGCAGGCCCCCUGGUCCUCGACUCAAAUACAGUGGCCCAGGGUCACACAGCAGGCAGGAAGUCCAAAGGUACAAAACAGAGCCAGCACAGCAGCCAGCAUCAUGUCCACCUCACGUUGGAGCAGCAGUCUCCUCCUCCACCCCCACCACCACCAGUGCCUCAGCACCAGGAGCCACAGCCCGGAAGGCUGUCACCCACCCCCCUUGUACACCCUUCCCACUCAGAACGUGCCAACAGCACAAGGCACAGCUCGGAAGACUCCGACAUCACCAGUCUCAUAGAAGCCAUGGACAAAGAUUUCGACCACCAUGACCCCCCAGCCCUAGAUGUGUUUACAGAGCAGCCACCAUCACCACUGUCAAAAAGCAAAGGGAAAGGAAAGCCUCUUCAGCGCAAGGUUAAAGCAUCAAAGAAGCAAGAGGAAAAGGAGAAGAAGGGAAAGGGAAAACCCCCGGAAGAGGAGCUGAAAGACUCCUUGGCUGACGAUGACAGCUCCUCCACCACCACAGAGACCUCCAACCCAGACACAGAAUCUCUCCUCAAGGAGGAUACAGAAAAGCAAAAGGGAAAACAAUCCAUGGCUGAAAAACAUGAAAAUGAAAUGCCUCAAGGGAAGCAAAGAAACAAAAAAUUCUCGAAUGUUAAGAAGGAAAUCCCAGCAGAUGUGAAACCCAGUUGCUUAGAGCUGCCGUACCCUCCCUCAUUAGAAAGCAAACAGCGGAAGAGCCUCCCAACGAAGAUCACUCUCCCAGCUGCACUGACAAGCAGCUCCAAGUCACGGAAUUGCCAGAAAACAAAAGGUACAAAUAAGGUAGUGGAUAACAGGCCAUCUGCCCUAGCGAAGUUCCUCCCAAAUAGUCAAGAACUAGGCAACACCAGUAGCUCAGAGGGAGAAAAAGACUCUCCGCCGCCAGAGUGGGAUUCUGUGCCAGUUCACAAACCUGGCAGCUCUACUGAUAGUCUUUAUAAACUUUCUCUGCAAACCCUCAACGCAGACAGUUUCUUAAAACAACGCCAGACCUCACCAACACCUGCCUCUCCGUCUCCCCCCACUGCACCUUGCCUGCUCACAUCCCGCGGCAGCUACAGCAGCAUUGUCAACAGUAGCUCCAGCAGUGACCCAAAAACCAAGCAGCCAAAUGGAAGCCAGCACAAAUUAACAAAAGCAGCCUCACUUCCUGGCAAGAAUGGCAACCCUACUUUUGCUGCGGUCACAGCUGGCUAUGACAAGAGCCCAGGGUCCAUUGUUACAGGUGGGAAUGGCUUUGCUAAAGUUUCUUCGAACAAAACAGAUUUUUCCAGCAGUCUUGGCAUUUCACACACUCCUGGUGACAGCGAUGGCUCAGACAGCUCGGGUUUGUGGAGUCCCGUCAGCAACCCCAGCAGCCCUGACUUCACACCCCUCAAUUCAUUCUCCGCCUUUGGGAAUUCUUUUAACCUAACCGGUGAAGUUUUUAGCAAACUUGGGUUAUCUCGACCAUGCAAUCAGGCAUCCCAGAGGAGCUGGAAUGAGUUCAGUAGUGGCCCUGCCUACCUUUGGGACUCUCCAGCAACAGAUCCCAGCCCUUCCUGGCCAGCCAGUUCCAGUCCCCCGACCCACACAGCCACAUCAGUUCUUGGCAACACCAGCGGCUUGUGGUCCACCCCUCCUUUCAGCAGCUCAAUCUGGUCCAGCAACCUUAGCAGCGCCCUUCCUUUCACCACUCCAUCGAACACACUGACCAGCAUUGGCCUCAUGGGCUCAGAGAACUCCUCUGCUCCUCACGCUCCUUCUGCCUCCAGUCCAGCUGAUGAUUUGGGACAGACCUACAACCCAUGGCGAAUAUGGAGCCCCACGAUUGGAAGAAGAAGCUCUGACCCGUGGUCUAAUUCGCACUUCCCUCAUGAAAAUUGAAAUUAAGCAAAAAGAAAAAAAAAGUGGGGGCCCUCUUCUAUCUAGAUCAUGAUAUGCCAGUUUCUGAGACAUCUUUCUAAGGCUCUUCCUGUUGUAGCUUCCCACUCCCUACCCUCCACUUCUCUGCAAAACAGACUCAAGCAGGGCAGGCUUGUACCACUCGCUGCUUUCAGAUAUUUCUUGCAAUUAUGAUAAUGAGAUUUGCUCUUUGCUUUUAGAAAAGUCUGGACUUGGCCACAAACUCCAGUAAGACCUGUACUUCUGAAAACCUUAACUGUUAUCAAGUUUCCAACCACCUGUCUCCUUCCAUUCUUUAUCUGUAUGGACGCAAAUCUGACAUCACAGCUAAGGAAAUAAUUUUUGAUUUGAUUCAGAAUUUCUGGCAUGUGACAAUUUUAUUAAAUUACCAGGAUUGGUUUUUUAUAAUUUCGCAAUAUUAUGCACCAAGAUCUAAUUUUAAAAAUGUAUGAGGACUUUGUGCUGAAAAAUACAGAGUAUUUUUUUAAAAUAAGGCUGUCCUGGUUUAAAAGCAGAUUACCGAAAUGUAAGUCAAUUUAAGAACAGUGAAUGUAAAAACAUUCAGUUAAGACCAUAUGCAUUUUCUGUGCUGUUUGUACUUGAGGUAUGUAACAUUUGUAUACCUGAAUUUAUUUUAAAGAUAAACUGAAAUACACAUAGCCAAGUCUUGAGAUAACAAGAUUGAAUGUGUAUUUCUUAAAAAUACAACUUCGUGUUGUACUUUGAAAUAAAUGAUGCUUUUUUCAAAA